AUGAAGCAUCCUCCUGAAGAGCAUUCCGUUCUCCGAUGUGAUGUAAUCGAUGAAGUAGUAGCGAAAGUGCGAGAAGAAGACCAUAACAAGUUGUGCUACCAUAUUGUUGAAGAGACGGAUGACCAAGAGGGUGAACAUGAGAAAGUUGCUGAGAAUGAACUCUGUAAGCUUGAUGAAAAAGAACCUCAGCUUGAGGCAAAGAGUGAAUUGAAGCCUCUUCCAUCUCAUUUGAAGUAUGCUUUCUUAGAGGACAACCAAAAGUUUCUGGUCAUUAUUGCUAGUGAGCUUUCUAGUGAAGAAGAAGAAAAGCUCCUAGAUAUUCUCAGAAAGUACAAGAAGGCAAUUGGUUGGAGCCUAGCCGAUAUUGUGGGGAUUGACCCUCGCAAGUGCAUGCAUCGUAUAUUUCUCCAAGAGGGAGCUAGGCCGGUUAGACAACCACAAAGGAGGCUCAACCCAACCAUCCUCGAUGUGUUAAAGAAGGAGGUCACUAGGCUACUUGAUGCGGGUAUCAUAUACCCGAUUUCUGACAGUAAGUGGGUGAGCCCGGUCCAAGUUGUUCCCAAGAAAUCAGGCAUCACUACGGUUAAAAAGGAUGAUGGCGAAGUGGUCACCAAGAGAAUGUUGGACCGUUUGGCGAGUAAAUCCCAUUAUUGCUUUCUUGGUGGAUUCACUGGUUACUUCCAGAUUCACAUUGCUCCUGAAGAUCAGGAAAAGACCACAUUCACUUGCCCUUUUGGCACCUUUGCCUACAAAAGGAUGCCAUUUGGACUAUGUAAUGGACUUGCUACUUUUCAGCGACAAGGUAUAGUGUUAGGACAUGUAGUAUCUCAUGAAGAAAUUUUUGUAGACCCGGCCAAGGUCGAUGUUAUCACCACUUUACCUUACCCCUCAUCUGUGAGGGAGGUCCGCUCGUUUUUAGGACAUGCAGAAUUCUAUAGACGCUUUAUCAAAGAUUUCAGCAAGAUUGCUUUGCCAUUGUCGCGCCUACUCCAAAAAGAUGUGGACUUUGAGUUUGACAGUGAAUGUGUGAAAGCUUUUGAAGAGCUAAGGAGAGUUCUUACCAUGGCACCGAUUGUGCGAGGCCCCAACUGGAUGUUGCCAUUUGAGAUAAUGUGCAAUGCGUCAAACCAUGCUAUAGGUGCCGCGCUUGCACAGCGCGAUGGUAAACUCCCUUAUGUCAUUGCAUACUCUUUUAAAACACUUGAUGCAGCACAAUCUAACUAUACCACUACUGAAAAGGAACUCCUAGCUAUUGUUCAUGCUUUAGAUAAAUUCAGAUCUUAUUUUCUAGGAUCAAAGAUAGUGGUAUACACGGAUCAUGCAGCUUUAAAAUACUUAUUGACAAAGAAUGAGUCAAAACCUAGACUCAUACGUUGGAUCUUGCUUUUGCAAGAAUUCGACAUUGAGAUUAGGGACCGGAGUGGAUCUCAAAACAUGGUUGCGGAUCAUUUAAGCCACCUUGAGAAUUUAGAAUUUGAUCCAUUUCCGAUCAAUGACUCAUUCCCAUUGGAUAGUUUGCAUGCUGUGUCGGAUAGUUUUCCUUGGUUUGCCCCAAUGGCGAACUACUUGUGUCAGAAGUCGGGAAACACAUCCCAAAGGGAUGAAAUGCCUCAGCAACCUAUGCUGCUCUGUGAGAUAUUUGAUGUAUGGGGCAUUGAUUUUAUGGGACCAUUUUCCAACUCCAGUGGGUAUCUAUAUAUUCUGUUAGCAGUUGACUACGUGUCAAAGUGGGUGGAAGUAAUACCUACCCGCUUUAACGACGCCAAUACCAUCAUUUCUUUUAUUAGGAAUAACAUUGUAUGCUGUUAUGGGUCGCCACGAGCAAUCGCAGGAGUAGCCAGAAAAUUACAGCUAGAGGAGCUCGAGUGUUUAAGGAACGAAGCGUAUGAGAAUGCCCGGAUUUACAAGGAAAAGACUAAAGCAUUCCAUGACCAUCACAUCUGGAAGAAGGACUUCCAAGAAGUUGAUGAGGUUCUCCUCUACAAUUCGAGGCUUCGUUUCAUGCCUGGCAAGCUCCGUUCUAGAUGGGAAGGCCCUUUCAAGGUGAAGGAGAUAAAGCCUUAUGGAGUGGUGGAGUUGUUUGAUCCUAAAAGUGAAGCAACUUUCAAGGUGAAUGGACAUAGGGUGAAGAAGUACCAUGGGUACAAGCUCCCAAAAGAGCUAGAGGUGUUCCUAUUGCAGGAUGCACCUAGAGAAGGAGAAGCUUGA